UCAGACAUGGCCGCUGUAUCGGCAAUACAACUGCAAUGUUUUGUAUAUUCAUAUUUAUUUUUUAUAAUGAAUAAAGGGUUUUUUACUUAUAAGUAGUGAUUAGCGGAUUGUGUAUAGUGUUGUGAUAUUUGUAAUGGAUGCAGAGAGCGAGACCGAAAAAAAGAGAAUCCGUGAUGCAAUUCAGACUAUAGAGACCCUGCAGUCCAUGAUAGACGUUUCGGCGAAAAGGCUUGAGGGUUUGAGGACAGUAUGCUCGACGAGCGCAGAACUGACGCAGCAGGAGAUCCGGACCCUGGAGAGCAAACUGGUGAAGCACUUCUCGCGACAGCUUGUGAUCAAGGCGCAGUUCAAGGAGGAUAUCCAACGGGAGCUCGGCCACGUGCCCAGCCUGCGGCAAUGGCUGCACGUUGUGGGGCUCAGUGUUGAUGCUAUAGAGGUGGUUCUCGCCCGAAUAUCAACGCUUGAAGCCCUGAGGGAGCGAUCGGAUUGCGAAAUGAGGGUUAUGUUGCGAAGCGCGCGAGAUGAGGAGGUGUUGCGACUCAUCCGGGCCAUGCAGAGGCUAAAAUCCUAUACAGAUGCCUUAGGUCGGGGCGAAGGCGCAGCGGAACUUCCCCUGUAUUGGGACUCGUGGGAGCGCCACGGCCGAGGCUCCCCGAGAGCGCGGGACGACCGGAACUCUAAUCACAAGAAAGGUGGCAAAUCGCCCACGACGCCGAUAAACAAGAGGAAACAGAACGUCCACCUCCCCGCGCCGGCCACCCUCACUAAGUCCCGCUCCCACGAGUCGCAACUCUCCGUCAAACCUGAUGCAUCCGACUUAAGUGAUAAUAGUCAAUCUUCAGCGGUGGGAACGACGGAGGGCAGCCCGCCCGCCUCGCCGCGAGAACCCGAGCCCGACCCGCCGCCCGCCCGCUACCACAAUACCACCGUCCCCGCGCCCCCCGUGCCCCGCUCGCCGCGCACGCCCACGGUGAGCGGCUGCAUGGCGCACGACAUCGCGCACCGCUUCACCAAGACCUUCAACAUGAUCGCGACGUGCGACUACUGCGACAAGCAGAUGCUCUUCGGCUCCGGCCUCAAGUGCAAGGAGUGCAAGUUCAAGUGUCACCGGGAUUGUGAAAGUAAAGUUCCUCCGUCGUGUGGCUUACCGCCCGAGUUCGUCACGGCAUUCAAAGAAAAAUUCCACAAAGAUGGUGGUUUGUACCUGACUUCGUCUGUGGGUGGCAGAACGCUAAUGCAAUCCGUCACGCCGAUACGACGACGACCGCCCCCCGCGCCCCAUCAUCAUACCGGUGGUCCAGACUCGUCUUCGAAUACAUCGUCCUGCAAUAGCUCAACGCCUUCGUCGCCCGCGCUACCCGCGCCCGCAACGCCACAACCGCACCACGCGCACCAUCCACACCACACGCACCAACCGCACCAAACCCACCACAACUCUAAACAACAGUUCCACUUCCCAGAGGUAAAACCGCCGGUAUCCAGUCCGAACCACACGUCAGCGCUGCAGUCGCCGGCGAGGUCGCUCGUCCACCAAGACACCAAGGAAGACCUCACCUCCAGUAUUAAAAGCGAAGGAUCAGGUCGAGUGUCGCUAAGCGGAUCCGGUUCCACGGACGACUCAAGAUGGCCGCGGCAAAACAGCUUGUCGAUGAAAGAAUGGGACAUCCCAUACGACGAGCUGAAACUGUUCGAGGUGAUCGGUACGGGCCGCUUCGGCACGGUGUACCGCGGCAGCUGGCACGGCGCCGUAGCUGUGAAGCUGCUGCACGUUAACGCACUCAGCGACCACUCCGUGCCGCUCGACACCUUCAAACACGAGGUCGCAACAUUCCGAAAAACGCGUCACGAGAACCUAGUACUGUUCAUGGGAGCGUGCAUGAAGCCGCCGCGACUCGCCAUAGUGACGUCACUGUGCAAGGGCAUGACGCUGUUCACGCACAUACACCUGCGCAAGGACAAGUUCACCAACAACAAGAGCGUCAUCGUGGCGCAGCAGAUCUCACAGGGAAUGGGCUACCUCCACGCGCGGGGUAUCGUGCACAAAGACCUGAAGACUAAGAACAUCUUUCUGGAGAACGGGAAGGUUGUCAUCACGGAUUUUGGUCUCUUCAGCGUUACCAAACUGUGCUUUGGGAACAACGCCCGAGGUGACAGUCUGGGCAUCCCGCCGGGCUGGCUUUGUUAUUUGGCGCCCGAGCUAGUGCGUGCGCUGAGGCCGCACGCGUCCUUGCAUCUACCGUUCUCAAAAGCCACCGAUGUUUACGCCUUCGGGACAGUAUGGUACGAGCUCCUGUGCGGUGAAUACCCUUUCAAAGGCCAGCCUCCGGAAGCCAUCAUCUGGCAAGUGGGCAAGGGAGUGAAACAGUCGCUAGCCAACAUGCAGGCCUCUAGAGAUAUUAAGGACAUCCUAAUGCUAUGCUGGUCAUACAGAUCGAGUGAGCGACCUGACUUCCCCCACCUACUUUCUACUCUAGAGAAAUUGCCGAGAAAGCGGCUAGCGCGCUCUCCCUCACACCCCGUGCAUCUGUCCCGCUCUGCCGACUCGGUGUUCUGAGAGCGGCUAGUCAGCGCGGUGUGCGUGCGGCCUUAACGUGGUAUUAUUCUCCUUCGAUUCCUCAUUGUUCCGUUACAUAAUUUAAAAAAAAAUUGCUGUCUCCAUUUGUAUAUACCAAAGAAAUGAAACUUCUUUUGGUUAUUGUCCACACUAGAAAUAAUUGCCGAGAAAGAGGGUAGCGCGCUCUCCCUCGCACCUCAUACAUCUGAGAGCGGCUAGUCAGCGUGGUGGCCUUAACGUGAUAGUUCUCCCAUAUUUCCAUAACUAAAAAAAAUUGCUCCCGUAUAAUUCAUCAGUUGCCUGUCGUUUUACUGUAGGAAAGAUCAUGAUAAUGAUCAUCUUAGAGUAUAGAUGAUAUUCAUCAUGAUGUGUGACGAUGAUGGGUCUAGAUUCUAGAUUCCUCGAAGUCUUUUUACGUGACGCUUAUACAGAGUUUAAUAAAACAAACGCCCGUCUGCUUUCCAAUUUUUUUCUUGUAAUUUUUAGAUUGUAUGUACGUGGAGACAGCUAGUAGCAAAUUUGCCUUUUUAUGUAUACUAAAAGUAAAAUAACAUCAUGCUAUCCUUUUCAAAUUGCUCCUAGCGAAAAGGGACGGCUUGAGAUUUGCAGUAAGCGAAAAGUUUGAAUUUCUUACUAUAUUAUGGGUAUAGUUUCGAAAUUUCAACAUAUUUAUUAUUCGAAAUAGUAAACCUACGAACAAAAUCGUCAUCGCACUACCCGCAUUUUUAAAAUAUGUUUUAUAUUCCGCGUUAUCUUUGUUAAUGGCGGAAUUCUGAGCCCUCGUCCGCACAGACACUUUUCAAACGUGCGUUAUACGGAUUUGCAAGAGUAAUCAUUCACACAUCAACGUUUAUAAAAGGUGGUGCUUACAAAAGGCUUUUGUAUUGGAUAUUCGACGUUCGGCGGUAAGCAUUAAAUCAAAUUUGUAUUCUGUUUGAUUUGCAUAGUCCGCACAUAUUGUAACGUGCGUUUAAAAAGCGUCCGUGCGAAGGAAUGGUUUUAAUAAAUUUUAGCUAAUAGUUAAAGAGUAUCAGCCAUUAAGAGCGAUCUCUCAAACGUAGUUUGAUUCUUUAAAUAUUAACCAAUCAAACUCAGUAAAAUUUGGUAGAUAUUCAACGUACUAGUUAACGCUACGCGUAGACGCGUAUGCGCUGACGCUAGCCAUACCUUUAUCUGAAGUUUAUCAGAUUUCAGUAAAAAUAUGUAAUUUCAUUUAUUUAUUCAUUUUUUCAACAUUACACAUGCUUGGUUACUACAAAAAUAUGAAUCAAACUUCGUUUCAUCGAGCGCGCUCGGAAUCAUUGAACGACAAACCAUAGAAGGCAUGUUUCCAACACUUGCCAUUUGAAAAUAAGGGCCACAAAGUUACAUCUGCUUAAAUUGCUACAGGCUCAUAAUUGGUUCGUAUUGUGUCAUACUACACUGGCUGCUAACCUGAUUGGCCAACACAAAGUAUCCGUUACGGAGUUUCAAUUGUAUUGAAUACGUGUGAGGUAGAUUAUUAUAUGCACCGCACAAUACGGUAGAGAUUUCAUUAUGAUAUAUUGGAGAGUACAGAAUAUUUCUAUGCUUUGUCGUUCACUGCUCGGAAGACACUUAGAAUUUUGACAGAUAAAUUAUUUCAUUUCAAUUUCGUCGAAAUCCUACUUAUACCUGUCUGUAAUAUCAUUAUUUAUGUAUUUGCGUAAACGGGUAUUCGAUACUUAGUAAAAUUGAGUUUAUUGAAAAUAUUGAAAUACACUCUAAAAUUAAUUUAAUAUUGUGGCUAAUUCUCUCGUAGACAAUCUCUAAAACAAAUUAACAGCUGUAAAUCUAUUUCUAUCCCUUUCAUAAGGCUCCCUACGGAAAAAGGUAGCACUACAUUUUGACUUGCAAGUUUAGUUGACAGAUUGUGUACAAAAGAAUUAGCCACAUUUUGUACUUCCGUCCAUACUUGAUCGUUUUUAAAAAAGAUUAACAAAAAAAAUUUAUGUGUGUAUAGUUUGGACCAAAUGCUGUUUAUUUUUUCGAAAGGAUUGCCGAUAAAAUUCUAUUCCUCAUUACUGAGCGUCUUUACCUUUUCAAUUAAUCACAUAACUAUUAUAAUGUGGGUUAGUUCAUUUCUUAUUAUGUAGAACAAUUUCGACUUAUAUCUUAAAACUAUUUUUAUCAGAUGUUAGUGAUGAUAAUCAAGACCGACACGACGGCUUGACCUGCUCUUUAUGGCACGGAAAGGUGUAAGGCCAGUUUUGGACAUCUAAAAACGGUCACCCAUCCAUUUAUGGGCUUGAGUCAAGGUUUCUUAGCAAACAUAAUUGACGCAAUUGAAGUUCAUUCAAUAAGUUUAUUUUUCAUAAUUUUAUAGAUUAAUCUUAAUAAGAUGGGUGAUAAUUCUUUUAAGGAAGUGUAGACGGCACAAGCAAGCGUUCGUUCGAUAAUAAAAAAUAUACGAUCACGAGUUUUUUAUCACAACAAUAUUAUAAAGACCAAAGUUUGUGUGUAUGUGUGUGUUACUCUUUCAUGUAAAGAUCAACACAUAGGCUACCUUUUAUCCCGGAAAAUCAACGAGUUCCCAUGGGAUUUUUAAAAAACUUAUAUCCACGCAGACGAGUCACGGGCAUCAGAUAGCUUACAAAAAACGCAAACUAUAAAUGUUCAAUUUAUAAUGAAAUAACAUCACUUAUGGCCGUAUAUUUGAAAUAAAAUGACCGUUUGUGGCUAUUUAGACACUGCUAUUUUAAUACUUUCGCAAUAAUUUUAUAUAGGAAGAUGUCAAGUAUGGACGUAGGUAGUCUUUUGUCUUGAUCUCUUGAUUUAACGAUAGAUUAAAUUAUAUUUUCGUAUUUUAGUGUGAAAGUUGACUGUUGUUAAAAAAAGUUGUAAAUAUUGUAUAGUGUUAAAUGGUUUUGCUGUGAUGAACAUGUCUGAAGCGAAUUUCUUGUGUGUAAAUAGUAGUCAUUUUCAAUAUAAUUAAUUAUUAUAGGCCAUUUGACUAAUUUUUGGAAAUCGUUUUGAACUAUUCUUCUUUACAUAAUCUACUACAUGUAUUUUUUUCAUAGUUGUUCACACAAUGUGAACCUAACUGGACUUGUUUACUAGCGUGUGACGUCACACGUGUCAUGUGACCAGCGCCAUUACAGAAAUGUCGUUUUUGG